AAAAUAUUUCAAAACGCAACAUUAUGAAUCCAAUCUUUAAAAAAAAGAAGUGUUUUGUAUUUGACUUUCCAGUCUGUCGUAAGCAACUGUAAUGUCCGACAGCACGUGAACGCAACCCCGUGUCCGUGAAGACAGAUGUCGUCAACUCUCCGAGGAGGCGGGGCCUCAACGAAAAGAAAUCUGAACUCCUGGACGCGUCGCUGCGGAGGUGGAGGGUUCCUUCCCCGGAGAUGAGCAGCAGCGCCCCGGACCACAUGUGCCGCGGGUUCGACUUCCUGUCACGGCUCAGCGGCGGCGGCAGCGGCUCGCGACGCGCAGUAGUUUAAAAAAAGAAGGAAAGAAAAAGAAAGAAAAAGUUGUUCUCUUUUCCUGGAGAAGAAGGAGCUCCAUCCGAAAUGCUGCGGGGCGGCGCGCAGCUCGCCGCGGGAUGUGAGGCCGUCCGGCUCGGGUAGAAGACGCGCGAGGAGCCGGCGGAGGAGCAGCGGAGGAGGAGGAGGAGGACGCGGGACUCUAAUACUUAUAUUCUUGUGGAGCCGACGUUAUGAAAAUGACCGGAGCCAUGGAAACUUCUUUCAAACUGGCUUUGAAGAAGCCGCCCCCGCUGCGGACCGCAGAGGACCUGCACACCAUCUACUGCCACCUCUACCACAUGGACGUGCUCUCUCACCUCAGGGAACACCAGCUCAGGUCCAUGUGCAGCUCGGCCCGGUACGAGCGACACGAGGCCAACCACAUCCUGUUCUACCCCGACAGCGUCGCCACCUGCUGGUUCAUCCUGCUCUCUGGCUCCGUCUUCGUCAAGGAGCACAUGUACCUGGCCAGGUGCUGUUUCGGGAAGCAGCUGGAGGGCCGGCGGGGCUGUGAAUGCAUCACUUUGGAGCCGUCAGAAAUGAUUGUGUGGCACCGGCUCUCCACUCUCUGGAGGAACUGGAUGUUCUUCCAGGAGCCGGCAGAAGAGCCGGGGCCCGGGAGGCCGGAAGGGGACCCGGACCCCGACCCGGACCCCGACCCGGACCCUCAGACCCCCACGGGCCUCGGGACCCACACGGUGGAUUACGAGAAGCAGAACCCUGGAGUUGUGGAUCUGAACUUUGACCCCAGGAAGCCGGCCGCUCGCUCCGGGCUGCCGCGGCGGAGCCGCUCCGAGCCGCGGCGCUCGGGCGGCGGCGGUUCUGAGGACCGUGUGGCCCGUGUGUUGCAGGUGGACAACGGCGGCGACGGGGACGACGGGCUCCUCCUGCGGGACGGGGCCCAGAGGAGCUCCAGGAGGCGCUUCAGGAGGGUGAACCCCCGGGGGGAGCGCAAGCUCAUCACCGACGCCCGGCCCGCCGGAUACAGCACGCUUCCUGCCGACCUCAAUAAGAUGCACCUCACGGACCACGCCCAUCAGCAGGUGGUGCACAUGCCUCCCAGCCAAUCAGGAUGCAGCAUCGCCAGCGACUCGGGGAGCAGCAGCCUCUCGGACAUCUACCAGGCCACGGAGAGCGAGCCGGGGGACGUGGACCUGUCCGGCCUCCCGGAGGCCGCGGUGGACAGCGAGGAAGAGGAGGAGGAAGACGAGGACCUGGAGAGGGCCUCGGACGCGCUGCUGGGCCGAGACCUGGUCCGGGAGUGUCUGGAGAAAGAGCCGGCAGACCGCAACGACGACGACAUCGAACAACUCCUUGAGUUCAUGCACCAGCUGCCGGCCUUCGCCAACAUGACGAUGUCAGUGCGUCGCGAGCUGUGUGGCGUGAUGGUGCUGGAGGUGGUGGAGCAGGCCGGCACCGUCCUGCUGCACCACCAGCAGGAGGUACGGCCGGUCGAGAGCCUGUCGCCGGGUAGUUUUCACCUCCUGGGGAGGAGCCUCGGAACCCCAGAGCGCCUCAUCAUGCACCUGGUGGAGGAGCCCUCGGCGGUGGACCCCACCUACAUCGAGGACUUCCUGCUGACCUACAGGACCUUCCUGACCGACCCCAUGGAGGUCGGCAAGAAGCUGCUGGAGUGGUUCCACGUGGACGGCCUCCGGGACACGGUCACGAGGAUCGUGCUGCUGUGGGUCAACAACCACUUCAACGACUUUGAGGGCGACCCGGCCAUGACCCGCUUCCUGGAGGACUUCGAGAGACACCUGGAAACCACGAAAAUGAAGGGCCACCUGCGGCUGCUGAACAUCGCGUGUGCAGCCAAGGCCAAGUGGCGGCAGAUCACCCUGCAGAAGGCGUCCCGGGAGGCGGCGCUGCACUUCAGCGUGCAGGGCGGCAGCGAGCGCGGCUUCGGCAUGUUCGUGGAGUCGGUGGAAGUCGGGAGCAAAGCGGCCGAAGCCGGACUGAAGCGGGGAGAUCAGAUCAUGGAGAUCAACGGCCAGAACUUUGAGAACAUCUCCUUCUCCAAGGCUGUGGACAUCCUGAAGAACAACACGCACCUGGCCAUCACGGUCAAGACCAACAUCUUCGUCUUCAAGGAGCUGCUCUGCCGGAUGGUUCAGGAGAAGAAGAACGGCGGUCCUCACAUUCCUAAGAUCCAGGAGAAGAAGGGGAACCGCUUCUCCAUCGCCGACCUGCCCGGAGACCUGGAGUUCUCCUCGGACCACAAGAGCGGCCGCAAGCUGAAGGCCAGCACGGUGUCGGGGGGGCGCAACAAGAUCCGCAAGAUGCUGGAGAAGACGCGCUUCAGCAUCCUGCCCCCCAAGCCCUUCAGUGAUGGCGGUGUGGGUCAGUCCCAGGACGACAGCAUCGUGGGCACUAAGCAGUGCCGCCACAGCGUGGCCAUCAUGCCGAUCCCCGGCAGCCUGUCGUCCAGCAGCCCCGACCUGCUGCACCCGGCCAGCAGCGUGCUGGACUUCUCCAACCCGGCAGACAUCCCGGACCAGGUGAUCCGCGUGUUCAAGGCCGACCAGCAGAGCUGCUACAUCAUCAUCAGCAAAGACACCACCGCCAAGGACGUGGUGGCGCACGCAGUACACGAGUUCGGCCUGCUGGCGGCGCCAGAGAGCCACUCGCUGUGCGAGGUGUCGGUCAGCCCCGAUGAGGUCAUCAAGCAGCGCCGGCUGCCCGACCAGCUGGCCAAGCUGGCCGACCGCAUCCAGCUCAACGGCAGGUACUACCUGAAGAACAACAUGGAGACGGAGACGCUGUGCUCCGACGACGACGCCCAGGAGCUGCUGAGGGAGAGUCAGAUCGCCCUGCUGCAGCUCAGCACCAUGGAGGUCGCCGCGCAGCUCUCCAUGAGGGACUUUGAGCUGUUCAGGAACAUCGAGUCCACAGAGUACGUGGACGACUUGUUCAAGCUGGACUCGUCGUUGGGGAGCGGGAACCUGAAGCAGUUUGAGGAGGUGAUCAACCAGGAGACCUUCUGGGUCGCCACGGAGAUCCUGAAGGAGCCCAGCGCCCUGAAGAGGAUGAAGACCAUCAAGCACUACGUGAAGAUCGCCCUGCACUGCCGGGAGUGCAAGAACUUCAACUCCAUGUUCGCCAUCAUCAGCGGCCUGAACCUGGCGCCGGUGGCCCGGCUGCGCGGCUCGUGGGAGAAGCUGCCCAGCAAGUACGAGAAGCUGUUCGUGGACCUGCAGGACGUGUUCGACCCGUCCAGGAACAUGUCCAAGUACCGCAACGCGCUGAGCAGCCAGAGCAUGCAGCCGCCCAUCAUCCCGCUGUUCCCCGUGGUCAAGAAGGACCUCACCUUCCUGCACGAAGGAAACGACUCCAGCAUCGACGGCCUGGUGAACUUCGAGAAGCUGAGGAUGAUCGCCAAGGAGAUCCGACACGUGGUGCGGCUGACCUCGGCCAACAUGGACCCGGCCCUCAUGUUCAGGCAGAGGAAGAAGAGGUGGAAGAGUUUAGGGUCUCUGAGUCAGGGCAGCACCAACUCCAACAUGCUGGACGUGCAGGGCGGCGCCCACAAGAAGCGCGUGCGCCGCAGCUCGCUGCUGAACGCCAAGAAGCUGUACGAAGACGCCCAGAUGGCGCGCAAGGUGAAGCAGUACCUGAGCAACCUGACGGUGGACGAGGACGAGGAGCGCCACCAGGUGACCUCGCUGCAGUGUGAGCCGGCCUACAGCACCCUGUCUAAGAACCUGAACGAGCGGCGCUCCACUAAGUCCGACAUGUCUCCGGUGUUGCUGCGCUCGGCUCCGCUCUCGGGGAAGACCCAGAACCGGGUGUCCCAGGUCCUCCAGGUCCAGGUCCCGCUGAACCCACUACGGAAGAAGAGCACAACCAAGGACAUCGGCGUCCCCAACUCCAGCUCCCCCCAGGUGGUGAAGAAGCCUCCCUCCGCCCCCUCGGAGGAGUGGAUCUCCUCCAAGAGGCCGUCUGACGACAGCGCCUCCUUGUUCUCCUCGCUGCACUCCAGCCCCGCGGCGUCUCCUCAGGGCUCCCCGCGCAAAGGUGGGGGCGUGGCCAAGUCGCAGAACUACAGCCACACGUCGGGCUCGUCGUCGUCUCUGACCAGCGACGCCAAGGCGGCCGGCCUGCGGAGCUACGGCAUAGGUUACACCCUCCCCCACUCCAAGGCGGACCACCUGUGGGACUCGAGUCACAGCGAGGUCUCGUCCCGCUCCAGCAUCUGCUCCGUGGACUUGGCUCCGCCUCCCAACGCCGACGAGCACAACGGCAGGACCGGCGCCGCCAACGCCGUCGCUACGGCAACCGCAGGCGCUCCGGUCGCCGAGAGCGGCGCGGCGACGACGCACCUGAACUCUGUCAACCACCUGACCAGCUCGUCGUUGGCCCGGGGCUUCGUGUCGCGCGCCUUCGCCUCCUCCGCCUCCACGGAGGAGCUGACCCCGGACCACGCCUCCCUGGACAGCGGGCGCGGCAGCUGGACCUCCUGCUCCUCCAACUCCCACGACUCCUUCCAGAGCCUCCCGGCCUCCUCGUGCCGGCCCUGGGACCACGGCGUCCACGGCGUCCACGGCGGCCACGGCGUCCACGGCGGCCACGGCGUCCACGGCGUCCACGGCGUCCACGGCGUCCACGGCCACCCGGGCGCCUUCAAGCACGCGCAGCUGCCGCCGGCGGCCAUCGCCGAGGCCGCGGGCCGCGAGGCGUGGGCCGCCGUGGACGCCGCCGCCGCCCGGCACCACGCCAGGAAGUCCAGCUCGGACCUGUCCAACCAAUCGCGGCAGAGCUGGGCGUCGUCCGGCUCGCUGUCGGACGCCUACGAGGGGAGCUACGGGACCAUCAAGAGGAGGAACGCCUCCUCGCCCGCCGAGGAGGAGGAGGCGGGGCAGAGCGCGGACCCCGCCUACAAGACGGUGACGUCGAGCACAGAGAAAGGCCUGAUAGUGUAUUGUGUCACGUCCCCCACCAAGGACGAGCGUUACCGAGCUGCCCCUCCCACCCCUCCAGGCUACCAGGGUCUGGCUCUGGGGGACCUGGACCUCCCCCCCCGGCCCCCCCACCUCCGGCCUCCGGACUACAGCGUGGCCCUGCAGAGGAGCAAGCUCCUGCAGAGCCCCGGGGCGGCCGGCGGGCUGGCGGAGGCUCGGAGGCUGGCCGGCAACCACCACCUCCCCCACCCCCCCCACCACCCACACCCCCACCCGGAGGCCCGGACCACCGGCUCCUCCCCCCAGGUCCACUCCAGACCGCCCAGCGUCUGCCUCCCGCCGCAGGAGCCGGCCGACAGCGAGGACGAUGAGCAAGUGUCAGCGGUGUGAAGACGGCCAUCUCACACACACACACACACACGCACACACACAUACACACACACACACACAGACCUGUCGAUCAGGCUUUGGACUGAACUAGCAGCCUGCAGAGCACAUUCUCCACACACACACACGUGUGACGUCACCACGGCCCACAAUGCACCUCUCCCCGGGUCACGUGACUCCUCCGCCUCCAGAGACUUCUCCCAUCAUCACUUCUUAAAAACUCAUUUCACGAGGCGACAGGAAAAUGUUUUAGAUACUUUUAAAAAUGAGACGACUCUUGAACAAAGCAGGAAAACAACAACAAAUAGGACAACAAGGAGAACUAAAGGAACAGCAAUGACUUGAGGAGUGGAAUCAGACCUCCUGCUCCUCCUCUCUCUAAAGGUUUGACCAGACUGGACACGCAUCAUGUUUCUGCUUCUCUGAGCUUUGCAACGCUUUAAUGUGAGGAGGAGGAGCAGGAGGAGGAGCAGACUAAACGGACAGAAGGCGGCGGGUAUCAGACAUCGUGAGAGUAGGAAACACUUUUUAGAUUUUUGGGGUUCUUUGUCACUGAAGAUGUUUAUUUAUGUUUGUCUGACUCGGGGAACUUUAGCGCCGUGCUGCCUCCUGCAUGUUCUAUUAAUGAGCUGAAGAACACACACACACACACACACACACACAGAGGACGGUGUUUACACAGUUUGUUUACAGGUGUUUUUUUGAGCUGUGCAUUUUGUCUAUAGAGCAGCAGGAAUACGUGUAUUGAUCUGUUAUUUGGGGUCGGGGCUUCUUAUUUAAAAGAAGGAGCAGCCAAUCGUCUCCUCCCGCGUUCAGACGACGUUGUGUAGAAUAUUUAAUAUUUUGCUUGGAAGAAGAAAGGAAAAAAAGUCUGUUAUGAAAUCGGAGGCGAGUGUGUACAUUUAGUUUAUGGAAAAUAAUAUUUUAGUGUAUCUGAAUAUUACUGGAACCAGACGAGCUCCUGUUCACAAGGAGACUAAAAACCACGACUGCUAUUAUAUUAUA